AUGCGAACUGGAAAUACCACAGAACGCGAGGCACCAUGGAAAUUGGAAUUCAAAUGGGAUCGACUUCUACCACCAAAGUGGAAAAGGCCGUAUUUGAUUUGGACCCACGUUCUACUCAAACUAGUGGCCCUGAUUACGAUUAUGUUUGGAGCUCCCGGCGUUAACUAUUUUGAGGGCGAAGGCUACGUGAUCGAUAACAUAAAAGCUGAAUUCAACGCGACCGUUUUCACCUUCUUGGCCGUUCUCGACUUCUUUGUAACCAAAAACAUUAUUGGUCCAAAACUGACUGGAUUACAUCACGGUUUCAAAGUUGAUGAAGAAAACCACAUCACAUAUCACUUUUAUGCCGAAAAGGAUUUUCUCAGCCGUUACCCUUCCACGGAUCGUGACAGUUUUUUCACUUUCAUGGUCUUUUUCUCUUUGGUCUGGAUUAUCAAGCUAAUUCCAGUCAUAAUUACACUAAGUAAAUUCUGGAUUCCUUUCACGAUUCUUGGAUUCACCAGUGUCUACCUCAAUCUCUAUCUUUUUGUACAAACAAGAUACUACAGACAGUGGACUAUGUCUAAAUUCUUCGCUGCUUGGCUUUACAACUUUUACAUGAGAAUCGAGUUUGCAGAAGGCGAUGACUCGGGGAACACCUUUCGGAACUCCUACGAGAAUCGAAUGAGAUAUUGA